UUCGUCUAUCGACCUGAACCUGGCUGCUUGCGUCUUCCUUUGUUCCUUUGUUCACAAACUCCUCCCUUCGACUGUCGUAUUCCUCCACUGAUCUAUCCUCCUUCACGUACUUGAUAUUGUCAUGAAGCCGUCUGCCAGCAGCUGUCACUGCCAUGCAGCAAGCGGAGCGGCUUUGACUGUCACUUGCCCUUGACCACCGUCAACCGGCAGAUCGGAACUGACCUGAACACCUUCAAACCGAAAAUCCUCCUCACACUUCACACAUUACCAAAUCCCCACAUCAUGGUGACAUUCAGUGUGCCUCCGCAGGGCCUUGCCCUCAAACAUACUUCGAAGCAUGAUGCCGAAGACAAGCAGUCGAAAGAACCCCCGCAGGUGAUCCGCUUGGAUUUGCCUGGGAGUGUGAACAAGGAUAUAGUUCGAUCUCUGAAGAACAAAGAACAAGUCCGCCUUCGGUGUGGCAAAAGGCAAGCGUUGCAGUUUGGCAAGAAGACAAUCCCCUUGUCUAGUGGCGUCGAAGACUUCCCCUCCGAGAUCUUCACGAGAGAUGCUAAAGAUGGUGGACUAUUAUACUUUUCGGGAAGGUCCAACCACAAACUCGAAGUGCAGAAGGCCGCAGAGGAUACUGCCAAAAGUGACGAAGCACUGGCCGCCCUGGAAAACACACUCAGAUCGAUUCAGGAGCAACGAGCUUCCAACGAGACCAGUAUCAUAGGCGGCAGAGAAGACCUGAAGCAUGGUGCAAAGAAGGAUCACAGACCCUCACCUCUGUUAAGCCAGAACUCUGCGUUGAGGAAGGACCGUCUUCUAUCAGGCAUGUCGAUAUCCCGACCCUCAAGUCCUUUUCUGGCCGGAGCUUUCUCGCCCGGACUAGGUCCGACAUCCACACCUCUGGGUCAGGGCCUGUCACCCAAAGAUAGAGUCCGGCUCGAUGCUAUCCGUAUACCUCUGAUUCAUCUUCUUGCGGCUCGGCCGUUGACAGUAAAAGCAAUAGCCGAACAACUUCAUGCUGCUAAGGACGACUGUGAGAAACUGAUAGACAAAGUGGCUCGGGAUUCUAAGGCGGGAGAGGGACUGAAAGAGUUGAAGGAGAAGACGUAUCGUGAAUUGGAUGUGUGGAAGUUUCCCUAUCGGUCCCAGGAGGACAGACAGAAAGCAAUCGACCAUGCUAUUCAGGCAUACGACCGGAUGCGUGUGGAAAAGAAGGACAACUUGUGGCAACUGCUGUUACCUACAGAAGAUCGAGGAAAGGGAAAGGUCUUGUCCAGACUCAACUUCGACAAGCCAGUUGUAGUAAAACCCGAGCGUGCCGCUGAAGACGGAAACGAGAGCAGGGCGGAAAUGUCUGACCGAGAAACUGGAAAGGCCCGUGUGAAGACUGACACUGUGGUGGUUCAAAAGAAACCAAAGGACAAAGCUGCCGGCUCCAAAGCCCCUGCAAAGAGUGAGAUCGUUGGCGUUGGCCGGUCGAAAGACGCUUUACAACCCAAAGCAGCCAAGCCCGACGGGAAGUUCAAGUCUUCUGAACGAAUCGAGGAUUCUGAUGAAGAUGCCGAUGCAGCAGAUGAAGUGAUCACAAAACAGAAGGGAAAGUCGACGCCUCAACCAAUCUCGAUAGUCAACAAGAAGCAUGAUCAGGAGCGUGUCAAAACGCCAAGGCCAUCACACGAAGUCUCAUCUCCUCGAAAGACAGUACACAAAACAUCUCUGUCGAGCUCAUCUUCCAGCGGUAACGAGAAGGUGCGAAGUACACUAACGAAUGCUUCGAAAUCGUUAAAACCACACCAGAAACCGGAGAACUCGACCUCGCGUGUGUCACCCAGACCACGGCACGAUAGUUCUCCCCAGAAGCCGUCUCCUCUGGGGUCUUCGCCUCCUACUACCUCCACCGACGCCGACAAUUCUAGUUCAAGCAAAGCCUCCAAUCAAUCUUCAGCGCCCUCUUCCCCACCUUCUGAUACAGAGAUGCCCAAGCGAAAGCAAGGCAAUAAAUACUCUCCCGUCGUUUCGGACAGAAGCGGUAAUGUUUCGGGGGGAAGAAGCCCGGAGAAAGUUCCAGUCAAGCGCAAGGCACCUGCAAACGAAGAAGAGCGUCCUGCCAAACGUCAACAGUCAGACAGCGCUCGUUUGGCACCGCUUCCAAACGGUACAGGUGAACAUUUGAAACGGCCAACGCCUGUCAGAACUGAUUCGGAACGUUCUACCUCUCCUGAAAAGCCGGUUCCAAGUAGACAACGUGUGAUUGACGAUGCGAGACGGUUCCAAAAGUAUUACAAACGAUACAAGGAUCUGUAUGACCGGAUCUCACAGAUUGACGAAAAAGACCGUGAUGAUAAAGACAUGGAUGACCUCUGGAGGAUGCACAAGCGUCUGAAGGAGAUGAAGGCAGAUAUCUGGAAUAGUUGGGACAGGGUAGAGAAGCCCGAUAUCAAGGUCGACAAAGUGAGGGAAAUGGUGGCAGUCUGAUCGAUUCGUCGGUCAUCCCUGCGUUAGGUGGAAAAGUUCAGGUGUGGCAAUGACUUUGUAAGUUGAGACAGAUUCUAAUGAGAUAAUGACGAUCAAAAUGCAAAUACAAGUUCAGAAAUCAA